CAUUGAUAUAAGAGCUUCGAUUGUUGCCGAAUCUCAAAACUCGAGAAAUAUCCCUGCUUCAGUCCUGAUUCAAAUUCAAACCAAUUAGCUCCCCUAAGACUCCCAUCGUGGCCUUGCCAACACCUCGCCUGAGAGACUCCGACAUCCAUCCAGCUUUGACACCUCUUACCUACACGCCAAUCAUGACUAGUUUCGCCCAGCACCCAGACACUGCAACACCAAGCACACCUCAUUUUGUCGUUCAAGACCCUCAUAAUCAGCGAUAUGUACCGGCUCAGUACGACCAUCAACCGAUAUCGAGCCACCAGCAAUUCGCACCACAGACGCAGCCGUACCCAGUCCAAACCCAACAUUACCAGCAGCCGCGCUUCGCAUAUCAGCCAGAACAACAACCAGCAACGAUACAUGCCAGCCAGCGUCCCGCCUACCCUGCGGUACCUUCCUACGGACCAUCGCCGGGUGGGUCUGAUCAUGGUCAACAGCUCCGACCUGUGCUGGAUCAGAGAUACAGUCAAUCAAGCUUCCGGUCUGCUCGAACCCAUAGAUCGACUCGUUCAGCAGACUCUGAUCGAUCUCAAGACUCAACCAAGUCGUAUAAGUCGUCUCGUUCGCACAGAUCUCAUCGUUCUCACCACAGUACGAAGGACGAGUCCAAGGAUCGCAGAAAGAAGAGAGAUCUAGACGCCAGACCAACCAUGGGAGACAGCGUAAUGCUCGUGGUUAACCACUUUCGAGACAUGCUUUCUAGCGACACUCGAAGUAGACGCUGAUUGUGUCGGUCAGGAGGAAAUAUUACUUGGGCCGUGGAUUGAGGAUGAGGAUGAGGCAUGAGUUAUGAUAACCUGGUUUU